AUGGGGUCUUGUCUUUCCAAAGAAGAUGCUCCAGCAUCUGCUCAAGUCAGCAAUAAAGUCCAAAGGACCUCCAAGCUCGAUAACCCUUCUUCUUCUUCAAAUGAGAAAGAUGCCAAUGACAUUGCUCAAAAUAACAAGCCUCUGAAUGGCAACAACCAACAAAUCAUACAACAACAACAACAACAACUUUCAGAUACACAACAGGCAAGAAAACAAUCAAUAGUGCCUUCAGAAUCUUCUAAUGGUACAUCUACAGCAGUGAAUUCAGUGUUGCUUUUAGGUUCUGGUGAAAGUGGUAAAUCAACAAUUUUACAACAGUUAAAAAUCUUACAUUCAAAUGGAUUCUCUGAUCAAGAAUUAUUCGAUUUCAAACCUUUUAUAUUUGGGAAUAUCAUCUUAUCUGCUAAAGAUCUAGUGGAGGCUUAUAAAAAAUUUGAUAUAAAAUUAGAAACAGAUGAUCAAGUUGAUGAAACUGAUUUUGAAUUUAUAAGUUCAGCAACUGCACCUGUUGACCCACAUAAAAGUUUUGAUAAAAGAUUAGCUUUGAAAAUUAUUGCAUUAUGGAAAAAUCAAUCAACUGCUGAAUUGAUUAAAAAUCAUCGUCAAGAUUUUUAUUUAAUGGAUUCUGCUAAAUAUUUUUUUGAAAAUCUUGAUAGAAUCUCUCAAGAAGAUUAUUUACCAACAGUUACAGAUGUGCUGAGAACAAGAAAGAAAACCUCUGGUAUUUUUGAUUUAAAGUUUGAAUUGAAUGGAUUGAAAAUUCAUAUAUAUGAUGUUGGUGGUCAAAGAUCAGAACGUAAAAAAUGGAUUUAUUGCUUUGAUAAUGUUACUUCAAUCAUAUUUUGUGUUGCUUUAUCUGAAUACGACCAAACAUUAUUAGAAGAGAAAACUCAAAACAGAUUAGAAGAAAGUUUAACAUUAUUUGAUUCUGUUGUCAAUUCCCGUUGGUUUUCAAGAUGUUCAAUUGUUUUAUUUUUAAACAAAAUUGAUGUUUUCGUUGAAAAAUUACCUUAUUCACCAUUAGAGAAUUACUUCCCUGAUUAUAGUGGUGGUAAUGAUGCCAAUAAAGCUGCCAAGUACAUUUUAUGGAGAUUUACUAGAGUAAACAGAUCAGGUUUACCAAUUUACCCUUAUAUCACUCAAGCUACUGAUACCAAUAACAUUAAAUUGGUGUUUGUUGUUGUUAGAGAAAGUAUUUUAUCAAAUAUUUUGCAUGACACUGGUUUGUUAUGA